GUUUUGUACCGCGAUACUACCCAUCCCGAUACUGAAGUCAAAGGCCGCUCGAGAACGUUCGCACGGGUCUGCAAGGGGAUUAAAUCGGAACAUAAUAUGAUAUUUCGACGUAUUUCGCCUCCAAACUAAGCCUUCGUUUUUUAUUGGACAUUUAACGGACUAUGGUCGCUGGAGAAGCAAUAAUAUUCGUGUUUGUAUGCGCGUAUCCUGGAAAUAUUUGAGUGUUGUUCUUCUUUAGCGCUAGCCGCGCAGGGAGUUCACUCCGAUGUUUUUAUUAAUGAAACAAAUGACGACGUUAACCAAUGGGAACAUCUAGCAUCGGUCGGGAACACCUAAGGGCACUCUUGUAAUAGUCUGAUACUACAAUUUAAAGUCUGUGGAGCAUCUGACGCAGGAUUCCCUGGACUACUAAAGCAGCAGCAGUCGUUUACUUUCACUGGAUUUUAGUCCGACUCAUUCUCCCUCAGCCAUGGAAUCGACGGUUGAUGACGAUGCGAUGGCUGCGUGAAUGAGGCUUGGCGCGGGGAGAGCUGAACAAUGCCCAAAGCUGGGGGUUCAAAGCCGCCGCCACAUGAUCCCUUCCCGCUCAACACCGACAUGGUGGAAAAACAGCCUGGGAAAAAGGAUAAAGAAAAGACCUUGUCAAUCAAGACACCCAAGGUGGACCGCGGUGAUGGGGCGAAAGAGAAAGCACCGAAGAGGAGGCUCCCCUUUACCGUUGGAACCAAUGGAGACCAGAAGGACUCAGACUCUGAGAAGCAGGGUCCAGAGAGGAAGCGCAUCAAGAAGGAGCCCAGCAGCACACGGAAGGCGGGCCUGCCAUUUGGGAUGGGCAUGCCGGGCAUCCGGGCCGGCUACCCCCUAUCCGAACGCCAGCAGGUGGCUCUGCUCAUGCAAAUGACGGCCGAGGAGUCCGUCAACAGUCCAGACACGACACCAAAGCACCAGUCGCAUUCGAGCCUAGGCCAGAAGGGAACGCCGAACUCGGCAUCCAAAACCAAAGACAAGGUGAACAAGCGCAACGAGCGUGGCGAGACGCGGCUCCACCGAGCGGCGAUCCGCGGCGAGGCACGGCGCAUCAAGGAGCUGAUUAGUGAGGGGGCCGACGUGAAUGUAAAAGACUUUGCAGGCUGGACUGCGUUGCAUGAGGCCUGUAACCGUGGUUACUACGACGUAGCCAAGCAGCUGCUGGCUGCGGGGGCAGAGGUCAACACCAAGGGCCUGGACGACGACACCCCACUACAUGAUGCGUCCAACAAUGGACACUUCAAGGUGGUGAAGCUCCUUCUGCGGUAUGGAGGAGACCCACGGCAGAGUAACCGGCGAGGUGAGACGGCGCUCAAGGUGGCCAACUCUCCCACCAUGCUCAACCUGUUGCUGGGGAAGGGGACAUACACCUCCAGUGAAGAGAGUUCAUCAGAGUCUUCAGAGGAGGAGGACGCCCCGUCGUUUGCGCCGUCUAGCUCGGUGGACGGUAACAACACAGACUCUGAGUUUGAGAAGGGCAUGAAGCUUAAGGGGAAGCUCGCCGAGUCGGCCAAGGCCAAUGCCGUCACGCCCGUCAAAGAUGAGUACGAGUUUGAUGAGGAUGACGAGGAGGAGCGUGUGCCGCCCGUGGACGACAAGCACCUCCUCAAAAAGGAUUUCCGCAAGGAGCCCACUCCUAAGCCCAACAACAUCACCCCUGUUCCUAAGACGGAGUCGGUCAAAACAUAUUCCAAAAGUAACUCUCAAAUCACACCAAAGAAAGCAGUCCGGCGAAUCAUUUCGGACAGUAACACUUCGGACGAGGAUGACAGGACAUUGGGCUUCACGCCAACGCCAACACCUCGGCAACCGGCCAUGACGGUGAACGCCAAGGCAAGGGACUCCGUCACACUAAGCACGAAACAGCAGAAGGACAAGAACAAAUUAAAAAAGAAGCGCAAGAAGGAGACCAAAAACAACGUGAGCAAAGAGGUCCGCUUUGGAAAGGUCAACGACAAGUUCACGUCGGACUCUGAAUGCGGGGACAUGGAGAGCGAGGAUGACAAGGGCUCCAACAGUUUCAAGGACUCUGCUAGUGUGAGCCUGAAAGAAUCUUCUGCCUUCAAUGCCUCCUCGUCAUCCCAUGGGAACCCAAACUCGCAGAAGCAAGCACCCUCCUUAGCAGAGCAGCACCCAAAGCAGUGGAGGACAGACGGGUGGAAGACGGUCUCGUCCCCGCCCUGGUCAGACGUCAGCUCCCUCUCUGACUCUGUAAGGACCAGACAAACCAGUGAGUCGGACUACUCGUCUGCAGACUCAAGCGUGGAGUCCCUGAAGCAGGUGAAGAAGAAGACGCAGGAGAACAAGAAGAAAAAUAACAACAUCCACAGUGGCACAAUAGACAAGAAGAGCUCCGACAUCCACAAGAACUCCAACAUCGACAGUGCAGUGUCUAAAACCGAUGUUGAUGGAAAGGUUGUGAAGAAGCAUAAAGUGAAGCACAAGCAUAAAAACAAGGAGAAAGAAAAAGCCCCCAGCCUGGUUCUUAACCAAGACAUGAACGAGAAGUUUGUGAAGAGUUACUCUUUCGACUUUGAUGACUCCAGGCAAAAGUCUUCAAUAGUGGACACAGACGGACAGACGGUGGAAAGCAAGGUCAAAUUGUCAAAACAUGAAAAAGACCAUUCUAAAAAGGAGGAGAGGCUUUCGAAGACCAAGCCUGAGGACAAGGACUGGUUGUCGGGGAAAGAGCUACAGAGACCCGUUAAGGAGGAGAAAAACAAGAAAACAAAAGAGUCUAACAAGGAAAAAGCCAGCAAAGAGGAGAGGGAAAAGCUGACCAAGACGGAGAAGGAAAGAAACCAAAAGGAGAAGGAGAAACCCAAGGAAGAAAAGCAGAAGACCCACAAAGAGGAGAAAAAGAAAAAAUCGAAAGAGAAGUCCUCUUCAAAAAUAGAGAAGAAGAACGAGCAGAAAGAAGAUAAACCCCAGAAGGCAGAGAAGGAGAAGAACGCCAAGGAGGAGAAAUCAAAAAAGGACAAAACUCUGAAAGAGGAAUCUUCAGAGUAUGACACCUACGACGUCAACAACCGCUUCCUGAACCUUGACGACAGUAAGCUAAGUGCCUCAGAUGAUCACCACGACAGAUGGGGCUCGGACCUCUCCAUCGGCUCCUCGAUGUACGGAGAAGACAGCUGGGAUGCCCCUGUCAAGGAGUACAAGGAGUACAAAGCCAACAGCGCUGUGAAGCUCACCGUGGAGACGGUGAAGGAGGAGACGAGGCGGAAAGACAAAGUCAAAGAGAAGAAGUCAGACCACAGUGAAAAGAGAAUGGAGAAGGAGCUCGGUUCCAAGAAGAAGGACAAAGAGUCCUUUGAGAAGCCCGGCGAGAAGAAGAAAGACUGGGCUGACAAACAGAAGCUGAACUCUGGACACACAAUGGAGAAAGAAAAGAAGCGCAAAGAGUCCGCAGAUAAUAAAGAAAAGAAAGAGAAGGACACCAUCGACAACAGCCGCGACCGCAAGGACUCCUACGAGUUCACAAAGGAACGUAAAGAGGUCAAGAUAAAGCAGGAGUCAGCCCGGGAGGAAUACAGCAACGACGGUUUGUUCAAGGACCUAGAAAUCGGGAAAUCCUCAGAUGUCAGAGAGAGAAACCACUCCGGAAAAGAGAAAGAAAAGAAGGGAAGUGAGGGAGUGGAAAAAAGGGAAAAGACGAAAGCUGACAAGCACAAGGAGAAACCUAAAGAUAGGGGAGUUGACCAGGAGAAGGAGAAGAACUCCAACGAGAAGGCUGUGAAAGAGAAGGAUGCAGAGCGGGCGGCCAAAGAUAAGAAGGAAGGAGCCAAAGACAAACAUAAAGACUCUCAUGGAAAAGACAAAGACCGCAAGAUGUCCUCGGACCAAACUAAAGAGAAGAAGGAGAAGGUUUCUCAGGACAAGCAUGCAGACAAAGAGAAAGACUUCUUGGAGGUCAAGAAAGAGGAGAAGAAGCCUGAGAAAAUCCGUGAGAAAACCUGGUACAAGAUCGCCGACAUUUUCACGGAUGAAAGCGACGAUGAGGAGGACAGUUACAACGGGAGUGUGGCCAAGCUGAGUGAUUCGCUCGGCCUGUCUGACUCCCACCGGAAGGAAUCUACGCCCGAUCAGGACGACCUUGACCACUUCACGUCUGAAAAGGCCCGAAAAUACUCUGCCGACGCCAAACACACCACAGAGAAGCCGAAAGACAAGGAACACAAAGACAAGAAAAAAGACAAGACAGUAUUUGAGAAAGAAAGGAAAGGCUCCCUAGAGAAACACAGCAAGGACAGGAAAGACUCUGUGGAUGUGAAGCACAAGGAGAGGAAGGACAGGAUGUCGGUGGAAUCCAACCUGGACAAGAAAACUAAGCAGAAACAGGUGGACAAGAGGGACGGCAGCGACGAAAAAACCAAGAGCAAACACAAACAAGAAAGAAAACCUUCCAAAAGCAGUGGUGAUAACGAGAAGUCACUCCUUGAGAAACUGGAGGAGGAAGCCAUGAACGACUGCAAAGAUGACUCCAAUGACAAGAACAGCGACGUGUCCUCAGACAGCUUCACGGACCACGGCAAUGAACCUGUCCUCAGCAGCUACUACGACUCCUCCAUCAGCCUGCCGGAUGUGUGCGAGGAGAGGAGGGACUCUCUCUCCAUAUCUACCCCUCAGGAUAAGUUCAGGGAGAAGGAGAGGCACCGUCACUCGUCCUCCUCCUCCUCCAAGAAAAGCCAUGACAAGGAGAAGGUGAAGAAGGAGAAGGGAGAGAGAAGGGACAAGACUGAGGAGAUCAGGGAGUCCUACUGUCGCAGGGAGAGCCUGCCCUUUGAGAAGGAGCCCAUGCCCCUGGAGGCGGACCCCUACACAUUCCCGUACGGCUCAAAAGCUGAUUGCCAAGACGAAUUUGACAAGACUCUUGAGUUUGAAAAAGAGAUGUCCAAAAAGGACAAAGACAAGACAAGCAGUGUCCUCAGCGACAAAAUUAAGGACAAAAAGAAGAAGGAGAAACACAAGGAGAAGAUCAAAGAGGAGAAGCAUAAGUGCACAGAGGGCUUUGCUUCAGUCAAACACUCUAAAGAGGACGUUAAGUCCAGCUCCAAAGAGAGUCCACAGGUAACUUUCCUGAAGGAUCGCUCAAAGGAGGAUAGUCCCAAAUAUGACGUAAAGAAGGAGAGGAAUCGAGAUGCAUUGGACAAAGAGAGCGGCAGGGUGGACCACACAAAGUCCAAGAUCAAGGAUGAAACAGAGAAGCUGAGUCAGAUGAAGGAGGUGGUGCGGAAGGAUCAUCGCCCACGAGAGAAGCUCCUGGUGGACGGAGAUCUCCGCCUCACCAGCUUUGGCCAGAUGUUGAGUCUUAAGGACCAGGAGAUCGAGGAGCGUCACAAGAGGCACAAGGAGAGGAUGAAGCAGAUGGAGAAGCUCAGGCACCGAUCAGGAGACCCCAAACUCAAGGAAAAGACCAAGUCCCUGGAGGAAGUGAGGAAGAACCGCAAUGAGCUGACGGUCAAGAAGCCCAACACCUUGGAGUCUGCUCUCAAGGAGAAAAAGCUAAAGGAUGUUGUGAUCCCUGCUCAGAUGAUGUCGCCCGAUCGUAAGCCUGCAUCUAUGGACCGCCAGAACUCGAACGACUGGAUGGAGGGCCACCAAAUGAAAGAGAACCUCCCUGCGUCGCCCAGGCCCGAUCAGAACCGACCAACAGGAGUCCCCACGCCGACCUCUGUCAUCUCCUGUCCCAGUUACGAAGAGGUGAUGCAGACGCCAAGGACACCAUCCUGCAGUGCUGAAGAUUACCCAGACCUGUUUGACGGGCUGGACUGCCAGAACUCCUCCGCGAUGACCAUGUCCAUGAAUGCUUGUUCUCCAUCCUUCUUCGAAAGCAGGUACUCAAACUCCUCCCACAGUUUCCAGGAGGGCACCUGUUUGACCCCUGCCAAGAACCUGCAGCUGCCCCUGGUCAGCCGCUCGGCCUCUUUAGAGGUCCGGCGCCCCCUGGAGGACGAGUUCAAGGCUGAGGCCGACAAGUUCCUCAGACAGCACAGCAGCCCCCCAGGCUCAGAGUUCGAGCUGUGCUCUUCCUCCCAGCUCUGUGAGGACAAAGCGGCCCUGGACCGCCUGGAGUGCUUGUCGCCUCCUUACUUCUCCCCCAUCCGGAUACUGUCCCCUCGGGUGGACUCCUCGCACCUGGACAGCCACCAGAACGGGGCCACCUCGGUGCUCGCUGGUCCCGAAGGCGGAGAGAACGCCUCAGAGAGCAUGUUCAACAGCUUUCUUCUGAAGCCGUCAACACCGGUGCACCGGCCCGACCCCCAGGAGCCCUGUUUGGACAUCGCCGCCCCGCCGACGCCGGCACCCGCCGCAUUGCCACCGAUGGACAUUGAUGACAUCUCAGAGCCUCACCAUAGUGAGCCCGAUCUAGUACCCUCAGACCCUGUUAGUGGCACAGACUACCUGCCCUCGGCCAUGGAGGACCCUGAUGAGGAGGAGGAUGAAGAGGAAGAGGAGGAGGAGGAGGAAGAAGAAGAGGAGGAGGAAGAAGAGGAGGAGGAGUAUGAGGUGGAGGAAGAAGAAGAGGAGUUUGAGGCGGAGGAAGAGGAGGAACAGGUUGAAGAUGAACUAGAUGACAGAGAAGAGGAAGAGGACCAUUGCAUGGCCGAGGAGCCGGAUCAACCAGCAGAGGUGUGUGCCUUCCCUCCCCGUAUCGAGGAGCCCAUGAGGAAGAGCUGGACUGCAGACUCUCCAGAUCCCCAGGUCCCGGUGGUCCACCACCCCUUAGACCAAACCCUGGCCUCGGCCACGCUGGGCGAGUCCUCCUGCGACCACACCAUGAGCUGGAACCCGGAGAUGCUCCUGAAGUCCCCAAACCGGACGUUCCGGGAGAUUGAGGCAGCUGUCUCCAAGAUCACCAGCCCCUACUCAAACUCUGACCACGAGAUGCAGCACAUCUCCGGCCACCCCUCAGUCACACCGCCCUAUGCUGCCUACAGGACUUAUGUCCCUGAUAGUGACUUUGACGAACAGAAGGAAGCUGUGGCAGACAUCCCCUCUCCGGAGAGGCCGGACACCACGAUGGACACGGAGCCGAACUAUCUGAACGCGUCGUCCUCCUCGAUACCGCUGGAGGCCUUCUUCACAGAGUGCAACAAGCCACCCAUUGAGGACACUCAUCAGAUGGAGACGGACCUAUCAUGUGGCAGGCCAGACAGUCCCCCACCCUCCCACAGAUUCAUCCCCCCCACCCCCACCAUCGUCAUAAACACCACUACCCCGCAAGAGAGCCACAUGGUUCCAGCCGUGAGCCCCGAUCCGACGGUGCCCUGGGUCGAUCCGUUCCCGGCCGCCGUGGACGAGCUGGAUGACCUAGGUCCAUUCUCGCUGCCCGACCUGCCGCUCCCUGACAAGACGGAGGAGACAGAGUUACCCGAGCAUAAAACCACGGUGCAAAGCCCACAUAUCCGACACACCAUGUCUCACAGAGAGGAGCCGGCCUUGAUGGAGGUGGACGUCGUAGUGCCUCCAUGCUCCUCCCCAGUAGCAGCUCCUGGUCUGAGAGAGGCUGCUGUGCAAGAUCCAGUCGUCCCCUCCCCGCAAGCUAACUUCCAGCAGGACUUGGAGCCUGAACUCCAGAGCGUCCCACUCAGCGUGCCCCUGUCUUCGAACCACCCACAGGGCGGUGUUCUGGAGCCAAAGAGCUUCUACGAGGCACCAGAGGAUUUGGGUGGCGCCAUUCUUCUCUCUUCCGUGGACUUGGAAAGCAGCCAACUGCAGCACCACAACCACAGGCACAUCCAGUCCCUCACGGACUCCCUGCAGGUCCAACUGGAACCACUCCCUGUUUCCAAGGUGGAGCAGCUGCGGCCGGAACCAGAGCCUGAGCCCCUUCUGGGGAUGGCAACAUGCAGCCCGCUGCCCCCUCUCCCCGUCGCAGUGACCAUCUCCAGCACGGUUGACAUAUCGGACGCACAGGAGCCCACGUCCAAGCUGACCGUCACGCUCACUGCGGUGUCUACCGACCUGCCCAAGAAGGUGGAGGAGGUCCCCCAGCGGAUGACACGUAACCGUGCCCAGAUGCUGGCCAACCAGAGUAAGCAGAACCCCUCCUCUGUGUCGUCUACGCCCGCACUGCUGCAGCCCCAGCAUCAGCCGACCGUGCUGCUCUCUGCCAUCACAACCUCCGCCACCCUAGGAAUGAACCCCGUGGUGAGCAUCGCACAGACCCCAAUCACCAGGACGCCCACGUCCACCUCAGCCCCCUCCGACCCGCCUUCGGACAAGACGAAGGACACGCCUCCUGCGUUGGCGUCCGUCACCAUGGUGACGACGACAAUAACACAGACACCACCAACCCCCACCGUUGUCGUGGCUCCCCCCGCCCAGGUGCCUGCUCCUGUGUUGCUCAGCAAAGCUACGAAAGGGCGGCCACUGCCACCAGAGGAGGAGGACGCCCAGACGCAGCACCCGAGGAAGAGGAGGUUUGCACGUUCGGCCAUGCCGCAGGUGCAGGUGCAGCUGGUUAACACAGCCAUGCAGCAGACGAGGGAGAUGAUCCAGCAGACGCUUGCGGUAAUCGUCAACGCCAUCAAGCUAGACGACAUUGAGCCGUACCACAGCGACCGCUCCAACCCCUAUUUCGAGUAUCUGCAGAUCCGGAAGAAGAUCGAGGAGAAGAGGAAGAUCCUGUGCUACAUCACGCCACAGGCUCCACAGUGCUACGCUGAGUAUGUCACCUACACGGGAUCCUACCUGCUGGACGGCAAGCCCCUAAGCAAGCUGCACAUCCCAGUGAUCGCUCCACCCCCUUCUCUGUCGGAACCCCUGAAAGAGCUCUUCAGACAGCAGGAGGCAGUCAGGGGGAAGCUCAGACUCCAGCACAGCAUCGAGAGGGAGAAGCUGAUCGUGUCUUGUGAGCAGGAGAUGUUGAGGGUCCACUGCCGGGCCGCCAGGACUAUAGCCAAUCAGGCGGUCCCGUUCAGCGCCUGCACUAUGCUGCUAGACUCUGAGGUGUACAACAUGCCCUCUGAGACCCAGGGCGAUGAGAACAAGUCAGUGAGAGACCGCUUCAACGCUCGCCAGUUCAUCUCCUGGAUCCAGGACGUAGACGACAAGUAUGACCGAAUGAAGACGUGCCUGCUGAUGCGGCAGCAGCACGAGGCUGCGGCGCUGAACGCAGUCCAGCGCAUGGAGUGGCAGCUGAAGGUGCAGGAACUGGACCCCACGGCCCACAAGUCCCUGUGCGUCAACGAAGUGCCCUCCUUCUACGUGCCCAUGGUCGAUGUCAAUGACGACUUUGUCCUGCUGCCAGCGUGAUCCCAGUGGACAUACUCCAAGGACCCUGGACAGGGACACGCCCCCCAUCUGGACGGACAAACCCCCGGGCUGGACGGACACGCUCCCCCCGCCGCUAUCUUCCUCCUCUUCAGAGGGAACUUCAGAAAGGGCUAGCGCGUUUCCAUGAGAAGGCUUUAGAGAGGGAGAGAGAGGGAGGAACCAUUGCUUAUUCUACCGAGAAACCAAGUAAAGACAAACACACGUUUACUCUCCCCCAAGUGAGGCCAUUUUUAAACCCCGGUGGAGAGAAACCCCAAGUGUUGCACUUUGAUCUUCCACCUUUUAACGCUUUACUGUGAGUGGGAGGAGGCCCAGAGAGCUCGCUGUGAGGACACGAGCCCUUUCCCCCGGUCCUUUCCCUUCAUUGGUCUCCGCUGCUGCAGCAGACCACACCCACUGUCCUAUGACGAGGAGGGAGGAGCUUAUCUCCCAGCAGCCUCGGGGAAAGAGCACGCACACACACCUUGGCCCCGCAGCAGGUGUGUUGUAAAGGGACACGCACACACACACACACACACACACACACACACACACACACACACACACACACACACACACACACACACACACACACACACACACACACACACACACACACACACACACACACA